GCUAACGACGGAGUGAAAGGGAGAGAGUCACGGUGGCCGUCGCCGCCCAUCUCACUUCUGCUGGAUCUGCGGUUUCUUCUAGCGCAUUCGAAAUCGUAAAGUGGCGUUUACGAAUCAAAACAGCGAUAGAAAGAGACGGGAAAGAACGCCAAACUACAUUCGACAUCAACAGUAGGCUUGGGCAGGAGGAGUUAGCCAGAUAUAUCAUUUCUGCUUCUGCAGUUGGGGCACGGUGAAAAUUUGUUCCGGAAAAGCUGUACACAACGCAAAAACAAUUUAUAAGCAACAGUCGUGUGGCCUGUGGUUGGUGUGGAAAAAUAUUUCCGUGAAUAACUAACAGCUACACAUCGUUCCGCCUUCCAGUUCCUUUGCGAAGGCGGGAAGGGCACAACCCGCAGGCAUGACGGCUAUCUCAGAAGUAUCGAGCUCCGAAUUGAUCCCGGCAUCGGCGACUAAGCAUAAUGCUAUAUUACGCUGGAAGCGUGUGACGAACCCUAGUGGCCCACAGCCGCGUCCGCGACAUGGACAUCGGGCGGUAAACAUCAAGGAGCUAAUGGUUGUGUUUGGCGGCGGAAAUGAAGGAAUUGUGGACGAACUUCACGUUUAUAAUACAGCAACCAACCAGUGGUAUGUUCCGGCGACGAAGGGUGAUGUGCCACCGGGAUGUGCGGCAUAUGGCUUUGUCGUCGAUGGAACGCGUAUACUCGUGUUUGGUGGAAUGGUAGAAUAUGGCAAGUACUCGAACGAACUGUACGAGUUGCAAGCUACAAAAUGGGAGUGGAGAAAACUAAGGCCCAAGCCUCCGGAGUCGGGUCCUCCUCCCUGCCGUCGCCUUGGGCACAGCUUCACACUGGUUGGGGAUAAAAUUUAUCUUUUUGGUGGUCUAGCCAAUGAAAGUGAUGAUCCCAAGAAUAACAUCCCCAAGUAUUUAAACGAUCUGUACAUUCUGGAGAUCAAAAAUAAUUUAUUACAAUGGGAGAUACCUACGACAUUCGGCGAGAGCCCACCGCCCCGUGAAUCACACACGGCCGUGUCGUGGUACGAUAAGAAACAGAAGAAAUAUUGGCUUGUGAUUUACGGUGGCAUGUCUGGAUGUCGAUUAGGCGAUCUUUGGCUGCUCGACACCGACAAUAUGUCCUGGACAAGGCCACGUACACUCGGUCCACUACCUUUGCCACGAUCCCUACACAGUUCGACGUUGAUCGGAAAUCGAAUGUACGUAUUCGGUGGCUGGGUUCCAUUGAUGAUGGAUGAGGUUAAGAUUGAGAAGCACGAAAAGGAAUGGAAAUGCACCAACACUCUCGCAUGUCUGAAUCUCGAAACGUUGACCUGGGAAGAGCUAGAUCUGGAUACAGAGGAAGACAACAUGCCAAGGGCUCGCGCCGGACACUGUGCCGUCGGUAUACAUACAAGAUUGUACAUCUGGUCUGGACGUGACGGUUACAGAAAGGCCUGGAACAACCAGGUCAGGGUAUGUUGCAAGGAUUUGUGGUAUCUUGAGGUAGAGCGUCCAGCUGUUGCCUCGCGUGUACAGCUAGUACGCGCCUCGACUCAUUCACUCGAGCUAUGUUGGAGUUCUGUGCCAUCUGCCUCACACUACAUAUUAGAAGUGCAGAAGGUAGCAACACCACUUCCUUCACCAGCACUACCGGUUCAGCCUACUCCAGCAUCGCAGACUACCUUAGUUGCACCUAUUUCAUCGCCGGCUUUAUCGGCUACUAUCGCAUCUCCGGCUUCCAACAAUUCUGGAGCAUUGUCGCCGGCACAGAUUAGCAACAGUUUUAAUACACUGCCUGUAUCUGGAGAAACACUGCAACAGUCGACCAUUAAGCAACUAUCGGGGCGUGUGACAGGAUCGGUUGUAGGCAAUGUGCAAUCACCCAUUUUGACAACUCCAACAAUACAGCCAACGCUAUCUGCAACACCUGGCUUGCAGUCACCAUCGGGUGGAGGUCUCGCGAUGGUUAGCUCUUCUUCAGUGCAUACUGUCACCUCGCCAGUGCAGCGCAUCGUUACCAAAGUGCAUCCGGCGAAGCAAUUGACUACACAAAAGGUGUUGACGUCUGCUAGUACUUCACAGAUUUUGCAGCAACAGCCGCUGCAGAUAGUCACGCAGGUUUCGUCACAGGCUCAAACCCUGCAGUCAGCUGUGGCCCAAGCCGUUACCGUGGCGGCCGGGGGUCAAACUCAAACGAUCCGUGUCGUAGCAACAGGAGGGGGAGGAGGUGGUACAACAGCAUCCAUUUCCGGUACCCAACAACUUACUUCCAGUAACACUGGUACACCGAUUCGGGUACUCUCAUCGACUGGUCAACAACUGCGAAUCGGCCCAGCCGGGAGUGCAACACUGCAGCCCGGGUCCACAACAACUGCCGUGCUAAGGUCCGCGAGUGGGCAGAGCAUUGUUUCGGGAACUCAGUUGCAAACUGUUCAGCAGCGUAUCAUCAGUGGAACAACAGGAGCCGGUCACACCACUACAACAGCCACUAUCGGUGGAAAGCAGAUUAUUCUGCAGAAACCCAUGACUAUCGUUAGUGCAGCGACAGCCGGUACAACGGCCGCUUCAAUAAGCAAUGCUACGGGCACUAGCGGAGGCCAAAUCCUAACGCUUGUCAAGACAAGCCAAGGUAUGACUAUGCAAACAAUGCCCAAGAUGAGCGUAAUGCAGCAAAAGACACUGACUUCGACAGUGUCGCCGUCAACUGGUGCUAUCCAUCAGUCUCAUCAGCAGCAAAUUAUAACAUCGAGUCUGGCUGGUGGCGGCACUGGUUCUGUGCCAAAGGCUACCGUCAUUGGUGGUAACGUCGUUAAGCUUAUGUCGGCCACCGGAGGAUCGGCAACGCUCGGUGGAAAGCAGAUUCUCAUGAAAAACUCCAACAUCGUGCAGGUUGGCAAAGUUGGAACCAACGCAACUGGUAAACCAACCCUUGUACUUACAAACAAAGCUGGCCAACCUAUACGUGGCCAGCAGCAGGUGAUCGUCGUGACUACCCCGCAGGGUAUAAGAACAGUCAGUGGAGCGGUUACUGCGUCGUCAGCUGGCAGCAACUUCGUAACGCUCUCGUCCUCGCAGGUUAUAAACACAAUAAGUUCGACGCGUGCAACACCAGCGGGUAUCGUAGCGACAGGAUCUGGAACUACGAUACUGCAGGCAGCGACGGGUGUUGGCGGAGGCAGCACUUCAACCGCCACACUUCAAGGUUCUAGCGGUGGAACUACAGCCACUCUAGGCGGACAAGCGAUCAAACUACGGACUGUUCAAGGCGGUAAACCGAUCACAUUCACAAUGCCAGUCGGAGGGUUGCAGGCCACUGGUCAGAAGAUAACUGGGACACAAAUUAUGAUGCCGCAAAAGUUAAAUGUAGGUGGCAAGGCGGUAACGGUUCAACUUUCGUCUGGAGGACAAAAGACGGUAACUCUGGUACCUUCUGGAGCUGGCGGAACCCAUGUUGGUACCACCACCGUAGGUGGGCACGGUGGAACAGUGGUUAACCAGCCAAAAAUUCUUAUGCUACCUUCGAAGGGCGCUACACGUAUUGUUACUCCUCAGCAAUAUCAACAAAUUCAAUUACAACAACAGCAGUUACAGGCUGCUCAACAGCAGCAGCAACAAUUACAGGAACAACAGCAGCAGGUUUCUACGGACGCUGCAUUUGCUGCAUUGGCUGCAGAAGCAGGUCUUAUCGAUGGAGCCGAGGCAGAAGGGAUGGAACAGAUGGAUGGAUGCUUCGAUUUAGAGACUAUGGCCACCGGGAGGGAUAAUGUUUCACAUCAUCAUACAGAGAAUGAUCACAUCAGCAAAAAGGUGCUAAUGAUGGCAGAUUCUGACAAAAUUGACGAGCAAAAUGAUCAGGUCGAGGACAGCUGCAAUUCGCUGAUGAUGCCAAUCUUUGAACAGCUCGAUGGUUGCGAUGAUAGCGAUAUUGUGGGUACGCCACAGUACGUAAAACUCGGAUUAAGAGGAGGAACCGUUACCGUGGGAACAGUUUCGGUCACCAACAACAUAUCCUCUGCUGAUGGUGAAGGUAUUGUAGCGGAUGGUACCGACGAGCCUGUCUCAGAUUUGCAAGAAAUGGAAAGAAAUGACGACGAUGGAACUAUGCGGGAACAAUUGGCACAAGCUGAUGGGGAAGAAGCAGCAGGCAAUGAGUUGCACGAGGGAGAUAAUAUAGAGACAUUGGAACAAGGAGUGUCAUCGGGAGCUCUUGUUACCGAAUCCGAAGGGCGGCACGAUGGUGAUAUGGUAGCAACUGCAGAACGAGUAGAAAGCAUGGAUAUGAUCGAUACCGCCGAGAGUGGUGAGUUGGAGGAGAUCGAGGACAAAAACGACGAGAAGGAUGUAAAUACUCUUGAAGGAAUAUUAAAAACUAGCGGCUCUAGGCAGCAAGAAUCACAAGAGAUGUCGCUCGGCGAAGAUGAACAAAUACUGGUACAAGUCAGGAAUGAACGAGAAGAUGCUACUGUAAAUCAACAGACAUCCACACGUCUCGCCCCAACGGCUUCGGAGGCGGAGGCUGCCAGCAUUCUCACUACAAUCAAAGGCGGCGAAAUUAUAUCCCUUCAUAAUACCGAUCUCUUGUCCGGUUCUACUGACAACAUUAUCCAAGUGAGUUCCGGAUCGUCUGGCGCACUUUUGCAGGGUUCAAAAGGAAACGAGAAUGGGCAAACAAUCAUAUUUAAAGCGGAUGCUGCUGUUGAAGAUGGGACAACGGUCACCCUUAGCGACGGUUCCACAUACGUUACGCGUUUGUCUUCGUCAUCGGGUGAUUUGUCCGUACCGACGAGCACCACCAUUCUGCAGUCUCUUACUAACGAACCAAGCAACAAUCUGAAGAUAGAUGACACAUCCACAGGCCAUUUGGAUGCGCUAGCUGAGGCCGCUGCAUCGGCUACCUCCGCCCUUUCUUCGGAGCUAAUAAACUGUAGUGGUGCAAGUACCAACGUUUCGACUGUUGCUGGUGGUGUGCUAAUGGGUGAUUUGCUCACGUCAACGCAAUCAUCAACACAACAGCAUCACAUCUCAUCGAUUAAGUUUGCAGAUGGCAGCACUAAACAAUAUACGAUGAGUGGACCGCUUUUGGGCAUACCGUCCGUGGGAAUCAACAAUGGAACGAGUAUGAGCAAUAACACUUCAUCUGCUGUCAAAAGCCAAGGGUCGGUGCAAAUCGCCGUUACCAACCCCGGAAAUAAUGCUCUUGCAAGUGCUAAAAUUGCUAACCCUACAUCCGGUCGUACACCUGAGAGAGCGAAGGAAGAAAAGGAAGAAAAAUUCAGCAAACCGAAAGACGAUUCGGAGGCCUGGCAUACUGUUGCCAUAUUAAAGACAUUGAACCUCAACGUUUCCAAUUACGUCGAUUUGAAUGAAUGGGACUGUGCGAUAGAUGGCAAAACCCUGACUGCAGACAACUUACCAGACUUGACGAAUAUGAAGCGGAUACCAUUGGAAUCGGGUUGUGCUUACAAAUUUCGUGUAGCGGCCAUCAACAGCUGUGGACGAGGUGAAUGGAGUGACGUAUCACCCUUCAAAACCUGCCUUCCUGGAUUUCCAGGUGCGCCGUCUGCCAUAAAAAUUUCAAAAUCACCUGAAGGGGCUCACCUUUCCUGGGAACCACCGCCUUCGACGACUGGUGACAUUCUUGAGUACUCCGUUUACCUGGCCGUCAAAUCGCAGACCGCAGCCAAAGACAAAGCGGCCUCAUCCCCAGCGCAGUUGGCGUUUGUUCGUGUUUACUGUGGCUCUAACAACCAGUGUACGGUCGCGAAUCAAGCUCUUCAGACGGCACACGUCGACUUCACUUCGAAGCCGGCCAUAAUUUUCCGUAUUGCUGCACGAAAUGAUAAGGGCUAUGGACCAGCCACGCAGGUCAGAUGGCUUCAAGAUCCACAAUCAACUAAAAUACCAGCACCAGCAGGCAGUACCACUGGUGUAGGACUGCCCGCUGGAGCUGGUGGCAAACGUGUUGUCGACAAGUCCGUGACAGGAGCAGCGAACAAGCGUGCAAAGCUCGGCGCUUCCUCAUCAACAGCUCUAUAGUCGAGGGAAUAACGGUAUCCACCCUUAUGCUUGCGAACAAUGAAAAUUAUUCUUCGGAAGUAGCGUGAAAACAUUUAAAAAAAAUAUCACUAUAAAAUUCAUUAGUAAUUUCGUUGUGUAGGUAUAGAGUUUAAAACAUAAAAUAAUAUGUUCAUACGUAUAGCGCAAGAAAAUUGCAAUCUUGUAUGUAUCUCUAAAGAUUGCUGGUGUCGCGUGUAAAAGAGUACUGAGUUACGAAUGAUUAUUUGGAUACUGAAACAUUUAUCUUUCGUUGGUGACGCUCCUGCAAAAUAUCCGGAAAAAGGAAAUACCUUUUAAACCAUUUAUUAUUUGCCUUUUUCUUAUGAUAAUCCGUUUUUGGCCUUUUCUUUUAUUUGCUGGGUAAAGAUAUUAAUCAAUUCGAAGAAAACUGUAUAAAACUUAUCGAUUUUUUACGCUAUUGCUCUGACUAAGAUAGCAUUAACAGUGUAACGUAGGAUCGACAUUCAUUAGCUAUACUGACUGUUUCGUUCAAUCUGCACUUGUAAUAACUGACAUUGCAAGGAACACUCAACAUUACUGUCAUAAUGGUUUUAAUCCGAAGUUGUCUAUUGCUUGAUCAAUUAGUAUUCAGCAUACUGCUUAAUGAACUUUGCUAUCAACUGAAUAGUUAAAGCGAAACAGUUCCGUUAAUGAUUUAUUUAUAGGAAAGAAUCGAGAAACAAGAUUCAAAUGUAUAUUAAGGGUAAGAAAAUUGGCAAAGCAUGUGCAAAACAAAGUAGCAAGACGAUAAUAUUGAUCCGUAUGUUAAUGAUGCAUACCGAAGUUGGCGCGAUGAUUUCAACUGGGCGAUUAAUUUUGUUCUAUUUCAUAGAGUAGCACGGGUAGUAAUGUAUAAACUAUUGAUGAAUCGAAUUGACCUAGGAUUGGAUUGCACUUCCAUUUCAUACGUGUGUACACAAAUAUAGCGCGUUAUUGAAGUAGGGGCUUAAGAAAUUAGCAAAAUCUGUGAACGACGUGUGGAGUUACAUAUAUUUCCAAGUAGAUUUAAGCUUUUCUUAUACAAAGCCCACCUUCACUACUUCUUUACGCAUUCUUCUCUACUUGGCCCCAUUCGCCCGAAUCUGGGCAUGAAAUGAUAAUACAGCAGAACAUAUGUAUGGAUAAAACAUUGAAAUAUAUUAGUAAGAUUAUUUGUUUAUA